AGUCGCGUAAAAUUGUAGAUACACAUGAUAUGGGAGGGACCAAUGUGCUGUUUCUUAAGUUUGUAUAGCUUUUUCGUGGACGACACGAUCCGACUCUACCGCUGCUUCUCUCUCUCUCUUCUCUUCUCUCCCCUUUCUCUCUCUAAAGAUUUAUCCUUCUUUCAUUCUUUGUAUAAAAGAAAAAAAAUCAAAGAGAGAGAGAGAGUGAGCUGAGUAAGAGAAAAGAGCUUCUAUUGUUAUAAUAAGCUCCAUGGAAAUGGAGGAUCAGUACGGCAUGGCGGAUCUAAGGCAGUUAAUGAACGGAACAAGGUCUCAUUUUCCGGCAAUCCCACAACCUACUGAGCUUUUCCCAGGUCAUCACCGGCCUGGGAUGAGUCCGUCGGUUCAACCCUUUGAGAUGAUGAUGAUGGGUGGUCAUCCAGUAGUUGGUCCCGCCGCCGCCGAUAUUCUGCCACGUGGAUUUAAUCACCAUCAUCAUCAUCAACAUCAACAACAACAUCAUCAGUUUAUGAUGUCUGAUAACUCAGCGGCUACCUCAGGCGGCGCCUCUAUUACUACUAUUACGGCUACUUCGGCUCCUUCUCUUAGCGGCGGCGGCGGAGGCGGCGGCUUGGAGUUGGGUGAGAGCGGCGGGUGCCUUGGAAUGAUGGAUGGUGGAACGGGUAGAUGGCCAAGACAAGAGACUCUUACUCUAUUGGAGAUCAGAUCCCGUCUUGAUUCUAAGUUCAAAGAAGCUAAUCAAAAGGGUCCCUUAUGGGAUGAAGUGUCUAGGAUCAUGUGUGAAGAACAUGGGUACCAAAGGAGUGGAAAAAAAUGCAGAGAGAAAUUUGAAAACUUGUAUAAAUAUUACAAGAAGACAAAAGAAGGUAAAGCCGGAAGACAAGAUGGUAAACACUACAGAUUCUUUCGUCAACUUGAGGCUCUUUAUGGAGAUACAACAACAACAACAACCAGUAAUAGUCAUCAUCAUCAAAUCUCAUCAUCUUCAAUCCCAGAACCUCAUUUCAUCAACAACAGUAACAGCAAUCUUCCAUUCCCAACCUUAAACACUACAACUACUACUACAACAUCUCAACCAAAUAAAUUAUUAGAUCAUCAUUAUCAAGGACCUUAUCAAAGCAGCCUAAGCCUCUCGAAUUCGUCUGAGUUCGAUUCGUCUUCUUCGGAAGAUGAUUUUAGCAACGAGAAGAGAAAGAGAAGUGGUAGUGGUGGAAGCAGCCGGUGGAAAGUGAAGAUAAAAGAGUUCAUUGACUCUCAAAUGAGGAAGCUAAUGGAGAAGCAAGAGACUUGGUUGGAGAAACUGAUGAGAACCCUCGAACAAAAGGAGAAAGAGAGGAGUUUAAGGGAAGAGGAAUGGAGGAAACAAGAAUCGGCUCGAAUCAAUAAAGAACACAAGUUUUGGGCCAAAGAGAGAGCUUGGAUUGAAGCUAGGGAUGCUGCUUUAAUGGAUGCUUUGCAUAAGUUAACUGGAAAAGAAGUACAUUACAACCUUUCUUCCUCUUCGCCCGAUCAGGAAGAGGAGGAAGGUUUAAUGUUAGCAGCUACAGCUGUAACAGCUACAGCUGCUGAUCGGGAAGAAGAUGAGAGGGUAACACCAAACCGCGACGAGAGUACUUGGCCGGAAUCUGAGGUUUCUAGACUGAUUCAGUUCCGGACAAGCAUGGAUUCGAGAUUCGAACAAGGUGGUUUUCCUGAGGAGGUUUUGUGGGAGGACAUAGCUGCUAAAUUGGCUUGUUUGGGUUAUGAAAGGAGUGGUUUGAUGUGCAAAGACAAGUGGGAAAGUAUCAACCAUUAUGUGAAGGUAUCUAAUAAUAAUAAUAAUGAGUUGAGUAAGAAGAGAAAAGAUAAUUCAAGAAGUAGUAGUAUUGGUAAUUACUUAUUUCAUAAUAAUAAUACUACUACUACUAAUGAAAACUCAUCAGCUAAUGAUAAUAAUAAUAAUAAUAAUAAUAACUAUAAUCAUGGAGGAGGAGGAGGAGGAGUUUAUUCAUGUGAUCAAAUGAGUAGUCAUGGUCAAACUACGGCUGGGGCGAGAUCACUACAACAAGUCAACGAUGGUUCUUCUCCUUCUAAUAAUGCUAAUAAUGUUCAUGAUAAUUGCUUUCCUUUCUUGAUGGGAGAAGGAGAUCAUCACUUGUGGGAAAAUUAUGGACUCAAGCUCAGUAAAGGAGGCCAAAACCAGUGAUCUCGAUCUCAUAUCAUCAUCAUGUCAUUAAGGAGCAAAGUAUCAUUGUAGUUUUUGGUCAACUGGCUGAUUAGCUAUGGGUAAUGGCCAUGUCUUAUUCUUCUUCUUUUUUCUUUUUUUUUUUUUUUUAUUGUUGACUUCUUAUUAUGAGAUAUAAAAGUUUGACAACUCAAUUGCCCCUUUUGUUUGGAAUAUGGGAGGUUUUGGGUUUUAGAAUUUGUAAGAAAUUAAUUAAGGAGCUAACUCAUGAUUAUGAGAUUUAUGUAUAGGGACUUUUGAGAAUUUAUCUUGGGAUAUGGACAUUCUGAUAUAUGAUCAUCAAGAAAAUAAUGGAUAUUUUAUUAUAUUGCCUGCUA